AUGUGGGGCCGGCGGCGGCGCGGGGUCGGGCCCAGCGGCCGCGGCGCGGAGGAGCUGCGGGCCCGGCGGCGGGAGCGAGAGGCAGCUCUCAGGAAAGCCCGUCGGCAGGAGCAGCUCAUCAGCAAGCGGCUUUUGCGGGAGGAUACCACGGCAGAGGAGGAUGGACACAAUGGAGCAGAGAUCGUGCCAGACCCUCUCUCAGAGAAUGAGGUUCUUGAGCUGCUCAGAGGCGUGCAGAGGGGUUCAGAGGACAGGAAAAGAUCACUCAACCGCCUCCGCUGGGCUCUGCAGAAUGAGGAGACUCAGCAGAAGUUUGUCAGGCUGGACGGCAGCAUCCGGACACUCAUCGGGCUCUUCACCAGCAGCCUGGCUGACUUGCAAAUGGAGGCAGCCCGCUGUCUCCACGAGCUCUCCCACUCCAGUGACCCUGCUGUGGCUGAGGCAUGUCUGCCACUGACCUCUUAUCUCCUCACCUACCUCUCAGGACACAGUGUUGAGUUCACGGAGCUGUGUUUGUACACGCUGGGGAACCUGGUAAUAGAAAGCGAAGCUGUGAGGAAGCAGCUUCUGCCUCAAGGCAUCAUUCCAGUGCUGGCAUCCUGCAUCCAGUCCCCGCAUGAGGCUGUGCUGGAAGGUCUGGGCUACGUCCUCUCGCAGCUCCUCCAAGCCAAGGAAGCCCCCACAGAGAUCAUACCCUUGGUUCUGGACUCUGUUCUCCCUCAGCACAUGCUUCGACUGGUUUGCUCUGGCCUCAAGGCUGGGAUAGGAGCAGCCGUGGAGUUUGCAUGGUGUCUCCACUACAUCGUUUGUAGCCAUACAGCCAACGCGGCAUUGCUGUCGCUGGGGGCCUUGCCUGCUCUCACCUCACUCUUGCUCGACCUGGCUUCUGAAAUCCCCCAAGAUGCUCCUGAGGGCCUGGAGCUGCUCAUCUGCCCAGUGCUGCGGUGUCUUGGCAACCUGCUCGCGGAGGAGACCGGCUGCGAAGUCCAGAUGCAGGACGAGCGCCUGCUCAUCGCCCUCUUCCUCAUCCUGCAGUGCUUCCUCCAGCAGCACCCGUUCAUCGUACAAGAGUGCCUCUGGCUGCUGAACAACCUCACAGCGGAUGAGCCCUUCUUCUGCUCCGCUCUGCUCUCCCUGGACUUGCUCCCAGCCCUGCUGCAGCUCCUGCCGUGUUCCCAGAUGGCCAGUGUUUUGGUCCUGACAGUUCUGUGCAAUAUAGCAGAGAAGGGGCCAGCCUACUGCCAGCAGCUGCACCAGCAGCCUGCCCUGCCCCUGCUGCUGCCCACCCUCGCACUGCCCGACCCCGAAGUGGUGGGGCAGUGCCUCGAGCUGCUGCACCUCCUCUUCCUGCACUGGCCAGAGGCUGCUGCUGACUUUGUCAGGCAAGGUGGGCACCAGGCCCUUGAGCAGCACCAGAGCACCCCAGAACUGCAGGAGCGGGCACAAGCACUGCUGGACAUGGUCAGGCAGCCCCUGGGAGCCUCUGCCUUCGGUCCCUGCCACGCCACGUUGUCUGCCUUCUAGGCCACACCACCUCCCUUCCCUCCCCCUGCGCUCCAAGGAGUAAACUGUUUGUUCACCCUGUGCCCUGCUUUCCCAAGGGCUGGUUAGGGGUCUAACCGCCAGCUGUAAGCACUAGUGCUGGCUGCACAGGGACGCUGGUCCUUGGCAAGAUAUGGCUGUUUCCGUCCUAGUCGCCACCUCGUAGCUACCAGCAGUCUGCCCCAGGCCUCCCCAGAGCUUGGCGUGGGGGCAGAGCUGAGCUGCUACCCGGGCAGACAGGCUCUUGAUGCUGGGUAGGUGGUGUAUAAACCUGGCAGGAUUGUCCAUUCUCUCCAGCAU